UAACUGUGGGGGUGCAGAAGGGGUUGAGGGCUCUGCAGGAUGCCUUCCCCCCUUUGGCUCCCUACUACCCUGUCACAGCCUUCAAAGAGGGCUCUGUAUCUGAGAUCUCAGGCCUGUGAGCGAGCUCUCAUUCCAUGUGUCCUGUGCCCUGGCCCUCAGGAAGCUGAGGGAGGGAGCUGCAGGGGCCAGAGGGCAGGUUAAUGAAACAGCUGUUCUGAAGGAGGAGAAGCAGGCUAGGGGCCUGGCUACCCCACCCCCCACCCCUGCUGUGACUGGCUGGGCUGGCAAGGAAGGGGCACGUGGCAGCUCCCCAAGCUAGCAGCAUUGGCACUAGGCACAGUUUGGAGAGGAAGGAGGCUCCUCUGGCAGGUGUGCAGUGCCUGGCAUUCUGUUGGAAGGUAGAGGCAUUGCCUGGCCUUGCAGAGCCUCGAUUGGGUCUGUAUCAUGCUGACUUUCCCUUGCUAGGACCCUCUCAGGAGCUUCUGGAAAACUAAGGACAUUUAAAGACUAAGGUGCCCUUCCUCUCUGGAUAAUCCUGCUUUCUUAGGCUUCAUUUGGGAUAUCUGCCAGCUGUAUGUCAGCCCCACUUCUCUGACACCCAUUCCUUACUCAGAGCUGUCUUCCAAGGCCAGCUAGAGUCUCUUCAUACAUCAAUGCUAACUGAAUGAGUGGAUGGGGCACAGAAGCCCUAGAUCCUCAUGGCCUGGCUGAGCCGCACCCUUCGUGUCGCUGCCACCUGUCCUCAAGGGAGAUCUGCUUGGAACCUGAGGCUGCAGCCCCUAGCUAGGGAGGCCAGGCCGACCACCGAGAAGAAUGUUCCGUACCAGCGGACCCUGAAGGAGGGGGAGUCACCAGGAGUGGUGCCCCAAGGACCGAGCCAGCCCCUGCCUAGCACAGCCGAUGUUGUGGUCAUCGGUGGGGGCAGCUUGGGCUGCCAGACUCUGUACCAUUUGGCCAAGCUGGGUGUAGGCCGAGCGGUGCUGCUGGAGAGAGAGCGACUGACCUCUGGGACCACCUGGCACACCGCAGGCUUACUGUGGCAGCUGCGGCCCAGCGAUGUGGAGGUUGAGCUUCUGGCCCACACGCGGCAGGUGGUGAGCCAUGAUCUGGAGGAGGAGACUGGGCUGCAUACAGGCUGGAUCCAGAAUGGCGGCCUCUUCAUCGCCUCUAACCGCCAGCGUCUGGAUGAGUACAAGAGGCUCAUGUCGUUGGGCAAGGCCUAUGGUAUAGAGUCCCAUGUGCUGAGCCCGGCAGAGACUAAGGACCUGUAUCCACUGAUGAAUGUGGACGAUCUCUACGGGACCCUGUAUGUGCCACAGGAUGGCACUAUGGACCCGGCUGGCACCUGCACUACCCUUACCAGAGCAGCGGUGGCCCGAGGAGCUCAGGUCAUUGAAAACUGCCCAGUGACUGGCAUCCGAGUGCGGACGGAUGACUUUGGAGUGCGGAGGGUGGCAGCUGUGGAGACAGAGCAUGGCUCCAUCCAGACGCCCUGUGUGGUCAACUGUGCAGGAGUGUGGGCAAGCACUGUGGGCCAGAUGGCUGGGGUGAAAGUCCCAUUGGUGGCCAUGCACCACGCCUAUGUCGUCACUGAGCGCAUUGAGGGGAUCCAGAACAUGCCCAAUGUCCGAGAUCAUGAUGCUUCUGUCUACCUCCGCCUGCAGGGGGAUGCUUUGUCUGUGGGUGGCUAUGAGGCCAACCCUAUCUUUUGGGAGGAGGUAUCGGACAAAUUUGCCUUUGGCCUCUUUGACCUGGACUGGGAUGUGUUCACCCAGCACAUUGAAGGUGCCAUUAACCGUGUCCCUGUGCUAGAAAAGACAGGGAUCAAGUCCACUGUCUGUGGCCCUGAAUCCUUCACACCUGACCACAAGCCCCUGAUGGGGGAGGCUCCUGAGCUCCGUGGCUUCUUCCUUGGCUGUGGCUUCAACAGUGCAGGCAUGAUGCUGGGUGGUGGCUGCGGGCAGGAGCUGGCCCACUGGAUCAUGCACGGGCGUCCAGAGAAGGACAUGUACAGCUAUGACAUCAGGCGUUUCCACCACUCACUCACGGACAACCUGCGCUGGAUUCGAGAGCGCAGCCAUGAGUCCUAUGCCAAGAACUACGCUGUUGUCUUCCCACAUGAUGAACCGCUGGCAGGCCGAAACAUGAGGAGAGACCCCCUGCACGAGGAGCUGCUUCAACAAGGCUGUGUGUUUCAAGAGCGACAGGGCUGGGAACGGCCAGGAUGGUUCAGCCCCCAAGAAACAGCUCCGGUCCUUGACUACGACUACUAUGGAGCCUAUGGAAACCAGGCACACAGGGACUACGCCUACAGCAGGCUGCUAGGCGAGGAGUACACCUUUGAUUUCCCAGUGCACCAUCACAUGAUCCAGAAGGAAUGUCUGGCCUGCAGAGGGGCUGCUGCCGUGUUCAACAUGUCUUACUUCGGGAAGUUCUACCUGCUCGGGGUGGACGCCAGGAAGGCUGCUGACUGGCUCUUCUCAGCAGACGUCAACCGCCCCCCAGGCUCAACAGUAUACACAUGCAUGCUGAACCAUCGGGGAGGCGCGGAGAGUGACCUGACCGUUAGCCGCCUGGCCCCUGGUGCCCAGGACAGUCCCCUGGCCCCUGCCUUUGAAGGGGAUGGCUACUACCUGGCCGUGGGUGGGGCCGUGGCCCAACACAACUGGUCCCACAUAACCACGGUGCUGCAAGACCAGGAGUUCCAGUGCCAGCUUGUGGAUAGUUCUGAAGAUCUGGGCAUGCUCAGUAUCCAAGGCCCAGCCAGCCGUGCCAUUCUCCAGGACGUGCUCGAUGCUGACCUGAGCAACGAGGCCUUCCCCUUCUCCACCCACCAGCUGGCGAGAGCUGCUGGGCACUUGGUGCGGGCCAUCCGGCUAUCCUUUGUUGGGGAGUUGGGCUGGGAGCUGCAUGUGCCCCGUGCAUCCUGUGUGCCAGUGUACCGGGCUGUGAUGGCUGCAGGUGCCAAGCAUGGCCUUGUCAAUGCGGGAUACCGUGCCAUUGACUCCUUGAGCAUCGAGAAAGGCUACCGACACUGGCAUGCAGACCUGAGGUCUGAUGACAGCCCCCUGGAGGCAGGAUUGGCCUUCACCUGUAAGCUCAAGUCCUCAGUGCCCUUCCUAGGCCGUGAGGCUCUGGAGAAGCAGCGAGCUGCAGGCCUCCGCCGACGCCUGGUAUGCCUCACUGUAGAAGAAGAGGUGCCUAUGUUUGGCUUGGAAGCCAUCUGGAGAAACGGCCAAGUGGUGGGCCAUGUUCGGAGGGCUGACUUCGGGUUCACCGUGAACAAGACAAUCGCCUAUGGCUACAUCCAAGACCCCAGUGGUGGUCCGGUCUCUCUGGACUUUGUGAAGAGUGGAGAGUAUGCCUUGGAGAGAAUGGGGGUCACCUAUGCUGCCCAGGUUCACGUGAAGUCUCCCUUCGACCCUGACAACAAGCGAGUGAAGGGAAUCUAUUGAUGGAUGGCAGGGUAGAGGCUACCACUGCUCAGGCCAUUGGAAACUGCCACACUUUCCACACUGUAUGUGUACUCCUGCACAGCACAAACAUCCUUGUGUCCCGAGACCCAGGAUACAGGCGAAACACAGACUUCCCCACAUUUAGCCUCCGUCUGGUCCUGUUAACCAGGACUGGAUGGACCACUAUGUUCCUCCUGCUGACAGACCACAGAAUGGUCUCCAACCCACCCCAAUCCUCUCAAGGUCCCUGUGAAUAUCUCAGGUGUGUGGUUAACUCAAGGUAGGAGCCAUAAAGCAGGCAAGCUUCCCCUCUGUUCCUCACUUGGCCGCCUGGCAAUGGGCAGCCAGAGCACUUGAAUAGUGGUGAAUCAGGAGAGAGUGAGCAGGGAUUGAUGAGCAAUGUCUGCACGGGUAUAGGAUGGAGAGCACAAAGGCAGGUGUUGGACUGAAGCAGUCCUUCCCCAGGAUGAAUGCCUUUCAGACCAGAGAGGAGAGGGGAAGAAAGCUCUUGCCUUACCCUUCUAGUUCUGCAGGAGAAAAAGCCUUCUGAGAGUGGUCAGCCUCUCCGGGGGGAGGGGAGGAGGUGUAGCAUGGGCUUUGGAUUCAGGAACCUCCAGUACUUACACAAAAAUGCCAGCUUCUGCCUCAGUUUCCCCUCAAGCAGUUGCUCGUGGGUUCAGGGACACCAAGCUUACUUGUUGCACAGGACCCUGCUGUCGUGUUUCUUUCCAAGGUCUUGGGUCUCUGUCACAGACAUAUGGCUUCCUGCUCAGCCUCUGCUGAGGGGGCUGCUCCAGCCCAGGUCUAUGAGAGAGAGUGGCUCCUCCUGCCGCUCUAUAACCAUUUACACCUGCCUGCAUGUCAGGAGUGACCCUGGCCCACCUUCCUGGGGUGAAUGUCCAUCACUUUUCUAUAGACCCAGUCUUCUUCCUUUGCUUCUCACCCUGACUGAGAAAUUAGGUUGCGGUGGCUGCCCAAACAAAGGUCUUACAGUUCAUGCCUUGUAGUCUAGGACAGCAAGAGGCAGAUUCUGUUGUAGUACUGAGCCAGGGUCUCUAAGCCCAAAGAAGGCAGCAGAGGGGAGAUCUGGGCACAGUUGUCCUGGGUGGGCUCUGAAUCUUCACAGGCUUACACACCACACCCUGAGCUGGAAAAGGUCAAGUUAAUAAAACUGAAACCAUGGGAAGAUGUGUGGGGUAUUAGCUGGCCUUUCAAAAGCAGAUCUAGUCUCCUGAGUCUAGGGAAGGGCUGAAGGCGGGAGGGUGUGGAGUCGUCUCUGGAUGACUGAAGGAACACCUGUGCUCUCUUGGGACUACAGUGCUGGCUCUUGGAUAACAUGAGUUUUGUGGAUCCAAGGGAAAGAAGAGGGAGGAGUGAGGAGAAGGGAAGGGGAAGAGGGAGGAGAGGGGGAUGGGGAAAAGGGAGGGAGGUAAGUGGAGCAGGGAGGGGAAGGGAGGGGGGAAAGGGAGUGAAGGAAGGGGGAAAGGGAGUGAAGGAAAGGAAAGGUGGUUGCGAGAUUGUCCAGCCUCCCCCAACCCCCCAUCUGUAGUCUGGCCAAGACCCCUGGAUCGGGCCGAUGACCACAUGCAGCUCACAACCUGUCCUUGGGGAUAGCUCAGGACAAGGGAGGUCUGAGUGCUUUCCCAGCCUAACUCAUUUCUCCCAGACCUUCACACGCCUUUCCCAUGCCUGCCUGCCUCCAUGAUGCACAGUGCUUGGAAGGAUGUUGGGCCCCUGAGUGAGAUCAGCUGUCAGGAGUCCCCUCCCAAGCUCACCUGCACAUCUGGAGAGUCCCCGAAGUGCCUUUGCCCAGGACAUCCCAUCCUGCGUGUGUCACACAGACCUCAGGCCUGCCUUCCCGCACUGCUAAUCGAGAGGCUCAUCUCAUAGUUAUAUUUUAAAACGUUUUCUUUCUGGAAAAUCAAGCGCACGCGCACACACACCCCCGCUGUGGCUGAGCACUGUCUAUCAGAAAUCACUGGAGAACUGAUAUGAAAGUGCUUCAAGUGUGGAGAACAGUGUAGCUGGCAGAGGAGGGGGAGGACGGGUCUUGGUACCCUCAGAUGCCUCAGUGAGGUACAACAAUAUUGAGGUUCAGAGGCUUCUGGGUGGGGCUGUCACUGCAGAGGAGGGGGACAGGCCACGUCUUGCCCAGCUAUUCUUCAUGUAUACACACAGGCCCCCGUCCUGGUCUCCCUUAUACUGAGCAAUAAUGCUUUCUUUAGGGCUGGUAAGGCGCUUGGCAUGAAAGCUUGAGGACAUGAUUCCGGAUCCCCAGGACCCAUUUUUAUAACUAGCACUGAGAGCCAGGGAGGACUCAGAAGCAGGCAGAUGCCCGGAGCCUGCUGGCCACCUGUCUGAGCCAAUCAGUGAGAUCUAGGUUUAAUGAGUGGGCUGGCUGGUGUUUUUUGUGUUAACUUGACACAAGCUGGAGUCAUCAUAGAGGAAGGAGCCUCAGGUGAAAAAAAAAACGCCUCCAUGAGAUCCAUCUGUCAGGCAUUUUCUCAAUUAGUGACCAAUGGGGGAGGGCCCAGGCCAUUGUAGGUGGUAUUAUUUCUGGGCUGGUGGUCCUGGGGUCUAUAAGAAAGCAAGCUGAGCAAGCCACGAGGAGCAAGCCAGGAAGCACAACCCUCCGUGACCUCUGCAUCAGCUCCUGCCUCUAGGUUCCUGCCUGCUUGAGUUCUUGAUCUAACUUUCUUCAAUGAUGGACUAUGAUUUGGGAGUGUAAGCCAAAUAAACUCUUUCCUCCCCA